AUAUAGACACAAUCCUCUCCAACCUUUUUUCUUCUUCUCCGUAACCUAAAACUCUGUCUAAUUAAAUCCAACCAAAAAAAAAAAAAAAAGUUCAUCAUCUUCUUCUUAUGUCUUCAAUGCAUAAGAAAGGUACAAGCAGAGAUGUAAAUGGCCAAGCAUUUACAAAACUAACAAAAGUAGAAACUAUUCCAGAUCCAGACAUUUACGACAUAACCUACGUCGAUAUCUCUCCCUCCGAAGGCUCCUCUUCUCCAUUAUCCAAAUCACCAUGGUCUGUACAAGUCGAUCCAUCCGCCGUAGAUUCGCCGUAUCAUUCGGUGAAAGCUACGACGGAGACAACCAAAGAAAAACCAACCAACCACUCUCCUAAUAUUCUCAUGGGAUCUCUUGUUCGCGAAGAAGGUCAUAUCUAUUCAUUAGCUACAUCUGGAGAUUUACUAUACACCGGAUCUGAUUCCAAGAACAUUAGGGUUUGGAAAAACCAUGUUGAAUUCGCGAGUUUUAAAUCGAAUAGCGGAUUGGUUAAAGCCAUUGUACUUGCUGGAGAUAAAAUCUUCACCGGUCAUCAAGAUGGUAAGAUCCGUGUGUGGAAAGCUGCAUCUAAAGAAUCAAACGUUCAUCGUCGUGUAGGUACAAUGCCUAAUCUUCUUGAUUAUAUAAGAAACUCCAUUGGUCCUUCUUCUUACUUCAACUUCACGCGACGUAAUCGUAGCAGUGCUGCGGUAGGGUUUCGUCAUUUAGACGCGAUUUCUUGUCUCGCGUUAAGCGAAGAUAAGAGGUUGUUGUACUCUGGAUCUUGGGAUAAAACGUUUAAGGUUUGGAGAGUUUCGGAUUUGCGGUGUUUGGAAUCAGUGAACGCUCAUGAAGACGCGGUAAACGCUGUCGUUUCGGGUUUUGACGGUUUGGUAUUCACCGGUUCAGCUGAUGGAACGGUUAAGGUUUGGAGAAGGGAAGAUCAAGCCAAGGAGACGAAACAUUUCUUCUCGGAGACGUUAUUGAAACAAGAUUGUGCCGUUACGGCGAUCGCUGUUGAUCAAAACGCGACGUUAGUUUAUUGUGGUUCGUCUGACGGAACCGUUAAUUUUUGGGAACGUGAGAAUAAUAUGAAAAACGGCGGCGUUUUGAAAGGUCAUAAACUCGCCGUGCUUUGUCUUGUCGCGGCGGGGAAUUUGAUGUUUAGUGGUUCUGCUGAUUUGGGGAUACGUGUGUGGAGGAGACCAGAAGGUGGUUGUGGUGAGCAUGUUUGUCUUUCGGUUUUGACCGGACAUGCUGGUCCGGUUAAGUGUUUGGCGGUUGAGAGAGAUCAAGAAUCGGCUUCCGGUGAGAGACGGUGGAUUGUGUAUAGUGGAAGUUUAGAUAGAUCGGUGAAGAUGUGGCGGGUGUCAGAGAGUUCACCGCCGAUGGUAAAUCAAGAUUUUCGGUUGCCGGAUCAGUUUGGUGGUGGUGGUGGUGGUGGUGGUUGUCCGUCGGAGUUAACGGCGGCUCCUAGCUUCUCGGCGCAAGGGAAAAUUAGUCCCAAAAAAUAGUUGUUUGUUUUUUUGUAUGUAAACAACACCGACGAACUAUUCAAAUGUGUAUGUAAUUGUAAUUAAUUAUGUUAAAACAGAUUUUGAUCCAAUAAGCUUCAAGCAUUUUA